AAGCCACACACUGUCAACUGGGAGGGUCGGUGACGACUUAGAGCAAACAUGGCUGCGCAGGAUGAACUCAAUCAACUGGAGCGUGUGUUCCUUCGCUUGGGUCAUGCAGAGACUGAUGAUCAGCUUCAGGACAUCAUCUCCAAGUUUCUACCACCUGUUCUCCUGAAACUCUCCAGUGUUCAAGAAGGGGUGCGGAAGAAGGUGAUGGAAUUGUUGGUUCACCUCAACAAGAGGAUAAAAAGCAGACCGAAGAUUCAGCUUCCUGUGGAGACGCUGCUGGUGCAGUACCAGGAUCCUGCUGCUGCUUCUUUUGUUACAAAUUUCACCAUAAUCUACAUUAAAAUGGGCUACCCUCGGCUAGAGGUGGCAAAACAAUGUGAGCUGGCCCCGACCCUCAUCACUGCCAUGGAGGGCAAGCCCCAGCCACAACAGGACAGCCUCAUGCACCUGUUGAUCCCAACGCUUUACCACAUGAAGUAUUCAGCUGAUGCAUCCAAAGGUUUGUCUCCAUUUAACUUAACCGAGAGGCCAAAGACGAUGCACCUUCUACUGGAAUUCAUGCUGGAUGUUUUGCUCAUGCCUUAUGGGUUUGUGCUGAGCGAGUCUCCCACUCGGCCCACUCCAUCCUCCUCCCAGGGAGGUUCAUCGGAUGGGGCGGGUGCUGGAGGUGGACAGGGUCUUCCCCAGCCUCCCCCAGGGCUGAGUGUCUAUGCUGCGAAGAGGGUGAUUGGAGAAGCCCAGUGGAACGCAGAGCAGCUGGAACAGUGUAAGCUGGGCAUAGUGAAAUUCAUCGAGGCCAAACAGGUGCCUGAGGUGGAGUCGGUGGUUCAUUUGGCAGUAGCUUCAAGCGACACCAGACACAGUGUGGCCACAGCAGCCGACCUGGAGCUGAGGAGCAAACAGAGCAUCAUUGACUGGAACAAUCCUCUUAUUAUCAACAAGCUGUUUAAGGUUUAUCUGGGAGAUGUUCCUCUUAAAUCAAAGGGUGGGAAUAUCAAACAGGAGCUAAAACAUGAACCAGUGAGUACGAGAGUCAAACUAAAGAUCCUGCCACAUCUUCUACGCUCUCGCCUGGCAGCAGAGUGCUUCCCAGCCAACAUCCAGGUUGUUUAUGACGGUCUUUUUGGGGCCAACACCAACAACAAACUGUUGUCUCUCACAUUACAGUUUGUCCAUCAUAUCUGCAUGGUUUGCCCCGACACCAACAAGCCUUUAGGACUAAUGCUCCUCAAUGGUCUGACUAAGCUCAUCAAUGAAUAUAAAGAGGAUCCUAAGUUAUUGUGUGUUGCCUACUCUGCUGUUGGGAAGCUCUCCAGUCGCAUGCCUCAGCUUUUCACAAAGGACAUUGCUCUUGUGCAGCAGUUUUUUGAGUCCAUGUGUAAGGAGGAGCCAGAUGUUCGCCUCGCCAUUCAAGAAGCUUUAUCCAUGAUGGUAGGAGCUUAUGCAAACCUGCAGGGCGCUCUGCUGAACCUAAUGGAAGCCCUGGUGGCUGCAUACAUUUCAAAGCCGGAGGUGCAGGUUCGACAGGUGGCCAUGAAGUUUGCCAGUACGGUGUUUGCUCCAGACCACGUCCCAUCCAGAUACCUGCUGCUGUUAGCUGCUGGAGACCCGAGGGAGGAAGUGUCUGCAGAAGCACAAAGGGUGCUGAGGGGUUUUCCUUCAAAGAACUCCGAGAAGGAGGGAUCAAAGCCAAUGCCGUCCUUCAAUGACAUGGUCUCCUACAUCCAGGAAAAAGCAGCUCAGAGGAUUAAAACCCCUGCAAAGUAUAUUGUGGGAACCUCCACAAUUCCAUUUAACCCAUCUGCAUUUGGAGAGAUCAUGUUGUACCUGAGGAUGUGUCUGGCUCACAGUGCCGGUGCCAGGCCCAUGUCCACCCGCUUGUUGGACAUGCAGGACGAUGCUCCUGCUAUCGGGCGCUAUGUCCACUCUCUGCUCUCAGCUGAACCUGUGCCAAAGGGCCUGGAGGCGAAUCCUGUACAUGUUUAUAUGGAUCUUCUGCAGCAGCUUCUCUCUGCUGUGGGAGAUGUUAAAAGCAACGAUGUGGUCCCUUGGGUGCUGAACUCCAUCCUGUCCAGGUAUAUUCCCAGCCAGAACCCUCAUGUGAGGCAGGCAGCCUGCAUCUGGCUGCUGUCACUCGUCAAAAAACUGAGCCACCACAAAGAAAUCACUACCCAUCUGAAGGAGAUCCAGGUAGCCUUCAUCUCUGUUAUCUCAGAUCCCGACGAGCUGAGUCAGGAUGUUGCAUCUAAAGGUCUUGGGCUCGUUUAUGAGAUGGGGGGUGAGGCCGAUCAGCAGGAGCUGGUGUCUACACUGGUGGAAACACUUAUGACUGGAAAGAGGGUGAAACAUGCAGUCUCUGAGGAUACCGAGGUGUUUCAAGGAGAGAGUUUGGGAAAAACACCUGAUGGCCAAAGCUUGUCCACUUAUAAGGAGCUCUGCUCAUUGGCUAGUGACCUGAACCAGCCGGAUCUGGUCUACAAAUUCAUGAACUUGGCGAACCACCAUGCCAUGUGGAACUCACGCAAGGGAGCAGCUUUUGGUUUCCACAUGAUCGCUGCCAAGGCGGGGGAGCAGCUUGCUCCCUUCCUGCCACAGUUAGUGCCUCGCCUGUACCGCUACCAGUUUGACCCAAACCUGAGCGUUCGCCAGGCUAUGACUAGCAUCUGGGAUGCGUUGGUCACUGAUAAAACCCUAGUGGAUAAAUAUUUGAAGGAAAUCCUGCAGGACGUCAUCUCCAACCUGACCAAUAACAUCUGGAGGGUGCGCGAGUCCAGCUGUCUAGCCCUCAACGACUUGAUCCGAGGCCGUCAGGCUGACGACCUCAUUGAUUAUCUAGCAGAGAUUUGGGAGACGCUCUUCAGAGUCCUGGAUGACAUUAAGGAAUCUGUACGAAAAGCUGCAGACUUGACACUGAAAACGCUCAGUAAGGUGUGCAUUCGUAUGUGUGAGUCUACCGGCUCUGCAGCUCAGAAAACUGUGGCUGUGAUGUUACCCACCCUGCUGGAAAAGGGCAUCGUUAGCAACGUCUCCGAGGUUCGCUCUCUCAGUAUUCAGACAUUGGUGAAGAUCAGUAAAACUGCAGGUGCCCGGCUAAAGCCUCAUGCUGCUCGGUUGAUUCCAGCCCUGCUGGAAGCCCUCAGCACUCUAGAGCCGCAGGUCCUCAACUACCUCAGUCUCAGAGCCACUGAGCAGGAAAAGAGUGCCAUGGAUGCUGCAAGGCUUAGUGCUGCCAAAUCUUCUCCAAUGAUGGAGACAGUCAACAUGUGUCUGCAGCAUCUGGAUGUUUCUGUGCUGGGAGAACUGGUUCCCAGACUCUGUGAGCUGCUUAAAAGUGGAGUAGGCUUGGGAACAAAGGGAGGCUGUGCAAGUGUCAUUGUGUCCCUUACAGUGCAAUGCCCCCAGGACCUAACCCCAUACUCGGGUAAACUGAUGAGUGCCCUGCUCAAUGGCAUUCAUGACAGAAGCACAGUGGUACAGAAAGCCUUUGCCUUUGCUUUGGGACACCUGGUCAGGACAGCAAAGGACAGCAGUGUAGAAAAACUACUACUGAAGCUCAGCAACUGGUACUUGGAGAAAGAAGAACCAGUUUACAAGUCAUCGUGUGCGUUAACAGUGCACGCCAUCAGCCAUUACAGCCCAGAUGUGCUGAAGGCCCACGCAGGCGUGGCCCUACCGCUGGCCUUCCUCGGCAUGCAUCAGGCCCCGGGUCCUGACGAGGAGAAAGGGGAGGGUCAUGAUGCCACUCUGUGGUCGGAGGUGUGGCAGGAGAACGUUCCAGGGAGCUUUGGGGGCAUCAGGCUCUACAUGACAGAGCUGAUCACCAUCACCCAAAAAGCCCUGCAAUCUCAGUCCUGGAAGAUGAAAGCUCAGGGUGCGGCUGCCAUGGCAACUGUUGCUAAAGAACAGACGGGGUCAUUGGUGGCGCCGCACCUUGGUUUGGUGCUGACGGCUUUGAUGCAGGGACUGUCUGGGCGAACAUGGGCUGGAAAGGAGGAGCUGCUGAAAGCCAUUGGAUCCGUGGUGUCCAAGUGCAGUGCGGAGCUCAGGAAGCCCUGCAGCGGCCAGCCCACCAUCCCUGAGGUGCUGGAUGUUGUGUUGAAAGAAUGUCGUAAAGAGAACCUGGUUUACAAAAUGGCUGCCCUGCGCUGUGCUGGAGAUGUUCUCCAAAGCAGCCAGGAGGACCGUUUCAGGGACAUGGCUGACAUCCUUUUCCCUCUGAUCAAGAAGAGCUGUCCAGAGAGCGGCGGUGCCUCUCCCAGAUCUAUGGAAGAUGAUGAUGAUGAUGACGACGAUAAAGGUGUGAAAGAUAAGGCGCUACAAACUGAAGCGAUGCUCUGUGCUUUUGAAACACUUGGAAAGACAUGGCCAAGAAACCCACAAACUCAAGCCCAUUUCCAGUCCGAUCUGUGCACCCUGAUGUCUGGGAAGCUUAAACUGAGCACAUGGAAGGUGCAGCUGGCUGUUCUUCAGGCCAUGAAGGCAUAUUUUGAGGGUUUGUUGUUGCUUGAGAAGGGUAACGGGGAGAUGAAUGCACUAUCACAGAUCCUCACUGAAGCCUGUACUGCUCUCACAUAUCCUUUAGAAAAUAAAAGCUACUCCUCAGUGAGGACAGAGGCCUUAUCUGUUGUGGAUCUGAUCGUUAAGAGAACAGGAGAGAGCGAGCAGUGGGACUGCAUGUCUGCAAGGAGCCGUGAGCAGCUGCAGCGCUCGCUGUCAACGCUGCAGUCCGACAGCCGCCCUGAGCUGAGGGAUAAGGCCCAGGAGCUGCGCAGACGCAUCCAAAGCCAACCCUGAGCCAGCGUCUUUUAUGAAACAUGUUCAUCAACAAAACAAACCACCUGCUAGUACAUAUCUUUCUGAUUUAUCUGUGAUACAUUUGUGUUGUUAUAAUCUACUCAUUGAAUCCAUCUAGUCUGUGACGGUGCUCUGGUUGAACAUGUCAGGAUGCAAAGCUCCAACAAUAAUGAGUGAAGUUUCAUUUGUUUGGUUCAUUUUAGUGGAAAGUGAGUUGAUGAGAAAUGUUUUAGAAACCAGUGUGCCGGCUAUGUGGACACUAUAAAGCUUUAGCCCCAGAAUGGGGAUUUUACUACUGUUGUUGGUUUGUCUUGAUAAUAAACGUCAUUCUCUGAACAUCAGCCAUGCAGAAGGCUGAGUGCAAAACUUCACUGCUGUAUAGUGGGGAAGUUUGUUUUUCAUGUGCUAAAACUACGUGCCAGGUGAAUGAGAUAUUAUAAAGCCUGAAAAGAAGAGAGAGCCUGCUGUUAACUUAAAGGUGAUGCGAUAGUUGUUUGAAUUUGUCUAUCAUGAAAUAAAACUUUGGACCACU